AUGGAGCUUGUAUUUUCUGGAAAACUUUUCGCCUUUGCUCUCGAUAGUAACGUGAUCAUCGAUGUCGAACGGUUGGUUUUGAGUUUCAAGGUCUUGCUGCACCGGCUUCUGUCCACCUGUUUGAUUGGUAACAUUUUUGGUGUCGUCAAUCCGGGGAUUCCUUGUCAUCGCAGCGUGCUCAGCAUACACAGCCCUUACUUUCGCGCUGCCUUCACGCACAACUGGAAAGAAUCCUCUGAACCUGUUUUCCGGCUGGCCAAUAUCGACAACCUCACGUUGCAGGAGUUGGUGGCGUAUGCGUAUACGAUGAAUCUGCGCUUGAGCGAUGACACCGUUGUGCCAGUCUUGAUUGCGGCGCAGUUCCUGCAGAUGACUCCGGUGGCCCGAAUGUGCUGGAAAUACGUGAAACAGCACCUGUCCAAGUCCAACUGCCUGGACGUCCACGCGCUGGCUUCGCAGCCCAGCAAUCCCCGCCUGGCCAGCGCAGCUUUGCACUUUAUCCAGCUGCACUUCCAGAUCUUGGCGCAAAGCCAGGAAUUUCUGGAGCUGGACGCGCAACAGCUGGCUGCACUGAUCGCAUCGGAUGCAGUGGACGUGUUCAGUGAGGACCAGGUGUGGGAGACGGUGAUGCGCUGGUUGGACCACGACCGUCCCGGACGACUUGCGAACAUGCCCGUCGUCCUGCACAACGUCCGUGCUCCCUUCCUCAGCGAUCAGUAUCGGGAGAACUGGAAGUCCGCGAUGGCCGCCAACGGACUGCCUCUCGGGGAAGGGCAGGGCACUGCAGAACGGCAUUCGUAUGGUGCGCAGGAUGUGAUCCUUUGUGUGGGUGGUUUCCUGGGCGACAACGACAAAACUGCCGUGUACGCUUUCAGCCCAUCAAUCCCAACCGUGUGGCGCUUGGAGGAUCUGCCCGCUGACGCCGAUGACUGCCGCACGCCACUACACGGGUCUCCCGUGACAAGUGGCGCGAGGUGGACCCCGACGCCGCGCUGGAAUACGACGGCUGCCGCGCUGGAUGGUCGCAUCUACGUCUCCGGUGGCAAUGCCUGUGACGAUGAUAGACGGAACGUGGAGGCCUUUGACCCUAAACGCAAUUCCUGGAGACCAGUCGCCCCGCUGCCCGUCUACCUGACCUGCUUUGAAAUGGUGGCUUCCUGCGGUCGACUGUUUGUGUUGGGCGGGGAAGGCGACGAAGGCGGCGAUGAAGAGUAUGGCCGAUGGGUUUUUCCGUACGACCCUGAUACAGAUAAAUGGACUCGACUGCGCGAUAAGCCGACCGCAGACAUCGGCAGACAUGUCUGCGUGGGUGCAGAAGGGUUGGUUUUCGUUAUCGGUCAAGAGGAUGCGAAACGGUUUGUGCGCGUGGAUGCUUACGACCCCGCCACCGGCCAGUGGGUGAGAAAAGCGGAUCUGAUCAGGGAGCGCGUUAACCCCGGAUGCGCGUACCUGAAUGGGAAGCUGUACGUUAUUGGAAGGGACCGAUGGGUAGAGGAUGGAUACUCCAGCAUCGAAGUGUACGAUCAUGAGACGGAGAGCUGGACGCUGCACGAAUGUCAAAUACCGGAGAGCGAGUACGGCUUCGAUUGUGUGGACACAGUGGAGGUGUGCAUUGAAGACCAAGUCUGGGAGGCGGUGAUGCGCUGGUUGAACCAGGACCGUGCCGGACGAAUGGCGCACGUGGCCGCUGUCCUGCAGAAUGUCCGCGCUGCCUUCCUCGGCGACCAGUAUCGCGAGAAGUGGCAGUCUGCAAUCUCCGCCUAUGGAGUGCCUCUCGGGAAUGGGCAGACUUCACCACGCCAUUCCUACGGGGUGCAGGACGUGAUCCUCUGCGUGGGCGAUUGCGACUUAUUUGCGAGAUCUGGAGGCGUUGCAGACAGUGCAUCUCCGACUGUGAAUCUUGACAAACUGCAGCUCGGGCUCCAGUUCGACUUCGCGGAUCAGCAGCGAGAAGAAGACACAGACGGCAUCGUCCAGUACCUGUUAGGCACGCUGCAUGCGGCCAUGACGAAUGGAAAUGGCAUCCCGCGAAAACGCUGA